AUGAAACUGGCUCACAUGAGGACCGCCCCAGGAAAGGAAGACCAAGAGUCACCUCUGCUGCUGAGAAUAAAUUCAUCCCAGUCACCAGCCUCAGAAAUCACAACAUAUAGACCCAGGGCCACACUGACAGCAGGAACAACAAUCAUACCAGUAGGGGGCAGUGUGACACUGACCUGCUCUGUGCAGAGCUCUGAUGGAUGGAAAUAUGAGUGGUUCAGACGAACCCAAAGAACCUCUGAAGUUCAAAUCAGAGAUCAACAAAACAGAGAUAUCAGAGUAUCUCAAGGAGGAAUCUACAGCUGCAGAGGAGCAAGAGGAAACCCAGUUUACAACACUGAUAUAAGUGAUGAUGUCACCAUUGAGAAAACCUUUUCCAAAAAAGUUGUUGUAAAACAACAACCCAACUGGCCUCAGAUAUUCAGAGGUGAGACGAUCACUCUGACAUGUGAGGUGCAGGAAGGAGGUGAAACCACUGAGUGGGAGUAUGAAUGGAGAGGACCCAGGACACCCACACAGUGGACACACAAUAAUGAUGUGACAUUCAGAGUUUCUGAGUCCAGCAGUGGAGACUACAUGUGUAAGAGUCGACGCAGAGAUGACUCAUAUUCUUCAACAGAGUGGAGUGAAGCCUUCACAUUGUCAGCAUCAACAAGUAAACCCAGAGCCACACUGACAGCACAAAGUUCAAUCAUACCAGCAGGGGGCAGUGUGACACUGAGCUGCUCUGUGGAGGGCUCUGCUGGCUGGAAGUUUGACUGGUUCAGACGUGAUUCAGUCUCUUCUAAAGCUCAGCUCAUGAGAGGAAAUGAAGCAAACAGAGUUAUUAGUGUCUCACAAGGAGGUCUGUACCACUGCAGAGGAGGGAGAGGAGAUCCAGUUUACUACACAGAGGACAGCAGUGACGUCACAGUUGUGGAGACUUUUAGGGCGAUCGUGGCUCAAGAGUUAGCAGUUCGCCGUGUGAUCAGAAGGUUGCUGGUUCGAGCCCUGGCUCGGACACUCUCUGUCAUUGUGUCCUUGGUCAAGAGUCUUCACCCACCACCUACUGGUGAUGGCCAGAGGGGCCGAUG